CCUCCACCCUUUUCCUCCCAUCACUCACAUCAAUCACAAUUUCGGCCAUUAUUCUGACAUUUACCACGGUUCCUCCCUCCCCUUGAACUCUCGCUUCUUUCCAGUAUCUACAAGUAUCCAUACUCCGUACGACCAAACCAUUUUCACGUCAAAGCCCACUACUGCAUUCAGCCUACUGCGUAAUCGGGUCCGGGGUGCAACGAACAAAACUACCCUACCUGUAGCGACAGAAAAACCCAACCGAGCACAGACAGCGAACAGCAGACCGCAGACACCUCGAUUUACGUAUUACUACUCUAGACCCCCGUCACCACGUUACAGCAGUCCAAUUCUCUCGCUGACAUUGACUUCGAUCGACCUUUCUCCUUCUCUUCCUCCUCCUCAUCAUCCAACAAACAGCGAUCGACUGCAUACAGUACCACCAACCCACCUCACCUUCCCUGCAUUCUUAUUCACCCGGCCCUGGUAUCCAACCAGAGAGCUGCGUUGAUUUGCUUCCAAUCGUCUGUCGACAUCUCCGGCCACCUUCCGACACUUGCCCCUGCGACUCCGCCAUCUUCUUACUCGCACACCGCAUCUUGACUGAUCUUUACGGAAGUACUUGUCAGCGUAAUAUCACCUCGCACAACUUCAGCCGUCGACACAAUGUCCUGAUUGCGGUUCAACAAUCUUGUACACCAGCCCACCCAUCCAUUGCGGUGGCUAUGGCUCAAGCCAUGGAUGCUCACUCGAGCUUCGUCCACCUUGUCGACAAUCUUCCUGUCUGGAAACGCAGCGUUGAGUCGCUGUCGAUUCAUGCUACUCGGAAGCACGCCGAGUUCGUCGCCGACUUCUCGCAGCUGGUCCACCAGGUCCAUCCUAAACGCAGGAAGACUCCUUCAGUUGCUUCCAUCCGUACCAACGACGAAGAAGAGAUUCAAGAGGAUGAAACGGAUGUACCUUCGCUCCCCAACAGAGUAGAGAUUAAUCCCCUCGAGGCAGGAAACAGAUAUCUCUAUGCACAAGCGACCAAGAAAAGAAAGCCCGGAACAUCGAUCCGCUCGGGUGCCUCGGGUCCUCAGAAAUUCAGAAACAAAAACCAGGUAGUGGUAUACUACGAUUCAUAUCUGCAGGAACAGCUCGAUGCUUUGGUCAAGUCUAUCGGUGUUGGCCGCAACAACCUGCGGAAAGGGAAGAACUCGUUUGUAGUCGAAAGAGGAUUUCGAUUGCCCACUUUAAAAGGAGGAGCUCAGGGAUAUCCGUCCUUGGAUAACUUGAGAAACAACACGAUGUCCCGAACCACUUCGCCUAUCUUAUCUGGGAAGAAGGCUGUCGAGUCAAUUGUCAUGACAGUCCCAGACAAUGAUGAGGCGGCUUUUCUCCAAGUGGACAAGGAGCUUGAGUCAAUUCAGUCUCUCUGCGAGACAGCAGCGCACCAAUUUCUUCGUGAUGGAGACUGUAAGGCUGAACUCGACAACAUACAAUACAAGCUUGGUGCUGUUCUGGCGCAGGCAACUUCCACUGCUGAUUCGCUGAAGAAACUUAAAGAGAAGCACGAAUUGGAAGAGGAGGGGGAAACUUCUGAUACAGAAUCCCAUGCGGACUCCCUCACCGAACCAUCAACUUAUGUUAUGCCUAAUAAGGGCUCGAACAUCCAUCGAACGACAGUGACUAUCAACCGCACCUUGGGAGAUAUGAGAGCCCGUGGGGCUUUCUUCAGUGCUCCUGCCAUUACGGACGACUCUGACACCGAUCUCAUGGCCGACGACAUUGAGGUCGACGACGCCAGUGAGCAGAGUUCGAUCAUUGUGGACAUCUCACAAUACCGACUGGCAAAUCCGAGAAGGACCCGGGUCUGAUUAGGUCACCUCCCGCGGAACUCAUCCUGCGAAGGCUUUCAUUUGUUUCAUUUUCAUUGUAUAAAGUGUGAUUGAUUUGGUGGUCGUAUUUCAGCGUGGUGUGUGUUAUCUCAAGCAUUUAUGCAUCAUUUGAGCGGAUUUGUUUUGGUCAUCGAGGAGAGAGAUAUGUUGUUUGACAGCCUCCGAGAAGCUAGCGAGGGAAGGGCCCUCGUGGGGGACCCACCACCCAGACGGCGGUGGGCCGAAGGCGGAUCUAGUGUUUGCAGUGUUUUGGCAUCUAUGGCGAUGCAGAGGGAGGCACCCUUGGGACGAUCACGUCAAGUUCAUGCUGCGUGAAGGGAGACUUGUCGUCGUCCGUACUCGCGUUGGGGGCCAGACAGUUGACUUGCUGCAGAGCACGUGGUCUGAGCAUGUUUGGGAUGUAGAGAGAGAUGUGAUAUCAGAAUGUUACGGCCGACUUGAUAUGGGAAUGGGCAUUGGCUAUGGAGAUUGGGAUAUCUAUUGAUUGCCGUUUGAGCUUGGAUAUCAAUGCUUGGGGCGUGGCGUGAGGACUGGAUCGAGUCGCAUCAGAUAUCUUGCAAUGAUACUGGAUUCGAAGUUCUUGAAA